AUGCCCCAGGAAAAAACGACGGCCGAGCGCGUAGAGCAAGAACAGAUUGCGGGCAGGAGUUUCCAAUCCAUGAACUUCGUACAGAGCAUCUCGGAGGAAGAUGAGCAAUUUGAGCGGAAAAACCAAGAUUUUGUCCAUUUCUCACCGAUCCACAACAAUACCUUUGUUACCGUGACGGAUGCUAGGGGGAAUAAAAAAACUGGGGCCUCCGCAGGUUGUUUGGAGGAAAUCAAAGGGGGGUCUCGUCUUUCUCGGUAUGCUGCUGAAGCAACUGCAGAACAUGUCGGGCGAUCCGCCAGAAAGAUGGGGAUGAAGUCGGUUGUAAUGAAAGUGAAAGGAUCCACUUAUUUCAGGAAAAAGAAAGCAGUGAUCUUGAGCUGGAGAGAAGGUUAUACCUUUUCGGAGUGUAAGCGAAGUGAAGGAGUAGGACAGCCAUCUAACAUUAUGUACAUCCACGAUGUGACCCAACUUCCACAUAAUGGAUGCCGACUCCCCAGGAAACGUCGUAAAUAG